ACGUUAUUGAUAAACGUUAAUGGUAUAUCUAUACUCGAUUCUAAACUGCUAUAAGUGAUUAUUAAAAUGCUUCCAACAAAACGAUGAUGUCAUUGUUUAAAACCCGACAACAGGAUAGUGGUACUUAUGAAGUGUUGCAUGCAAUGUGUUGACGUGCUACGAUUAUGUAUUGGUCCAGUGCGGGAGUUAAUAGGAUCGAAACUUAGUGUCUGUGCAGAAAUAAAUUAUUUUAAAUAAGUGAAACUAUAUAUGGAUCCCAGUGGACAAGGUGAUCUUCCAGUGAUUAAGGAUUUUUGGAAGUAAAUGUCAAUCAUUAAGGAUGACUUGCUCGAUUGAAUGAAUCACGCUAUUCCUGGUGAAUGACAGAGACAACACGAGGUUAAAAAUUUAUUUAGCGCUAAUAUUUAGUAAGUUGCAAGCCAGUGUUUAUUCGAACUUCAUAAUUACUGCAGUCAAUCAAGGAUAGAUUAAAGGCAAAAUAUUAAAACAUAUAUUCUAAAAAUAAACACGUUACUCACAUAAUGAUAAGAGUGGUAUUUGGUAUUUAUAUGAAACGUCAUUAUUUACUCUUGUGUUUUUGCUUUGACUGUUUGUCUCAUUAAUUAUAUUUUGGAGAGAAAUAUAAAAUAUUAAAGAAGUAAAACAUGGAUCAAGGCACGGGAGAUACUGAAACUCAAGAUAACGAAGAAGAAAGGGGGACUUCGGAUGAACAAAUUCCAUCAACAUCAGCCGAUGUUACGCAAGGUAGACAGAAAAUCAUUUUUUGGACAUUUUUGGAACACAAGGGACCUUUUUUUGAACCGCCAUAUAAACGUCUUCCUGGACACAUUAAAUUAAAAUACAAUAAAGAGGUAGUAGAAUUGUCCGAAAAAGCUGAAGAAUUGGCCGGACUAUACGCUAAAAAGCUACAUAGACCUUGUGUUACUCAACCUGAAUUCAAUAAGAACUUUUUCGCUGAGUGGCGCGCAGUAAUGACACCAAAAGAACAACAAUUAAUCAAGGACCUUUAUAAAUGUGAUUUUAAAAAAAUUCAAGCACAUUACACAGGAAGUAAAAAAAGCAAUAAAAAAAUUAAACAAAAGCAAGAAAAAGAAAUUAAAAACACAUAUGGACGUUGUAUAAUUAUUAAUAUGGGUAAUGAAAGAAUCGAACCUAUUAAGAAUUAUAAAAUGGAACCUCAAGAUCUGUUUUGCUCUAACGGCUCUCUUAUGGGUAGAUUAAAAAAACGUGUCACACCCGAAGAUGUAACAAUUAACUGCUCAGCAAAUAGUGAAAUACCUGAGCCACCACCAGGACACAAUUGGAAAGAAGUGGUACACGACAAUACAGUUUCUUGGUUGGGUUCGUGGAAAUGUAACAUCACAGAUACUUGCAAGUACAUCACUCUUGAUUCGAGAUCUAAAUCAAAACAAGAAACGGACCGUAAAAAAUAUGAAAUUGCAAGAAAAUUACAUAAAUACAUUACGAAAAUCAGAACACAAUAUCGUAGAGAUUGGCAAGCUGAAAAUCUUUUAGAUCGUCAAAGAGGGGUUGCUUUAUAUUUAAUAGACAAUUUUGGAUUUAGAGCAGGAAAUGAAAAGGAACCAGGAGGCGCGGACACUGUGGGUUGUUGUAGUUUAAAAGUAAAACAUAUACGAUUAAGUAAAUACAACAAAGUUGUUUUUGACUUCGAAGGCAAAGCUUCUGUUAGAUAUAACAAUGAAGUAACCGUCGAGGAAUCAGUGUAUAGAAAUCUCUCAAAAUUUCUAGAAAAUAAAGAAAAUGAAAACGAUCUCUUUGAUAAAUUAAGUACAAGUACGUUGAAUAAAUAUUUACGAAAUCAAAUGACGGGUUUAAGUGCAAAAGUAAUUCGGACAUAUCUAGCAUCAGUUACAUUUGAAAACCGCUUGAAAGAAAUGACAUACGCGGGUAACGUGUAUAAUGACUUUUAUGUAGAAGACAUGGUGAAACUUUUUAAAAAAACAUUAAUGGAAGUCGCUAAAUUACUUAAUCAUAAGAAAACUAAAAAAAAAAGGAAAAACACCUCUUCCACACGUGAUUCCACUGACAAUACAAUAUACAACACCCGUUCUUCAUUAUGCAACUACAUAGAUCCACGCAUCGUAGUCACCUGGUGUGAGAGGCAUAAUAUACCAAUAGACGAAGUUUACACUGACGCAUUACGCGACCAAUUUAGCUGGGCAAUUCAAGAAGCGGGCCCGAAUUUCCUGUUUUGCUGGUAAUGUUGGGAAUGCUUGACUUAAUAAUAUUGUUGACUGACUGAGGUAACGCAAUUUUUGAACAUUUUUUACCCCCCUACACCCCCAUGUAACGCGCUGUAACGUUUCCCUGUAUGCGCCCGCCCCCCCUCCAAAAGUUAUGUAACUCUAAAGUGUCAUUUUUUUUCUAGUAUUCACAAUUAUGUCACGCAAAGUAAUAGAAAGUCGCUAAAAUACCUUUUAUGGAAAAACUAAUGUUACAUGUAACGUGUUGUAUGAACCUCCCUCCCGCCUCUGUAUCACAUCGGAACGUUUUACGAGACCCCUACCCCCCCCCCCUCCAAAUUACGUUACGUAAUACUUGAACGGCCCCUGAAUUAAACGAAGUGCAUUGUUGUUGCGGACGUCAAGAAUCAUGAAUCAUGAAAAAGUACGAUUUGUAGAACACUGAUGUCAAAAACUUUCAAUCCACGAAUCUAUCUAUAAUAGAGGCAUUGAGUGGGGACGCUCUCCUCUUCCCCUUUGGGCCGGAAGAUGGAGAUAGAAGGAACUGAGAAAGAGUUUGUUGUUAUGACGUGAUUGGUCAAGUUUCCCGGUGCAUUUGAUUGUUGUUAAAUCCUGUAAGUUCGUUAUUUACAUUGCCUGAAUUAUCAUUGAAUUUGUUGUUUAAAAAUAAUACUACUAAGGCAAUGAAAAGAAUGACCAAGGUCGACUACGACGCUUCACCAGUAUUGUGGUGGUGGGAAUAAACAUUUCCAUACCUAAUGUAUUUUAGUUGAGGCAAUCCGCAUAAGUAUCAGGAUCAUUAGAUAAAAAAUAGUAUCACCAAGGGAAGGGCGCAAAGAAUUCGCGGAAGCCAUCCCAAUCUACUGAACCGUCCCGCAAGACCCUACGGGAUCCAGUCGGUUUUGGCGACCAGAAUAAUCCAUCAGGGCCGACACGUGGACUAGGCAUUGGUCGUAUGAUACUAGAGGGACAUCGGUUGAAAACCGUGUAAGCCAGAUAUUGAAAACGAUGACUCCUGACUUAAAUCUUUACGUGGAAGGAGUGCUUUAGGACGUAUCUGGUGUAGGUCAGUUAUGAAAUAUUCAGAGGUAGAUAUAAGAGUCUCCGUUAAUAGAGCAAAGCAGGUUGCGCCGUCUCCCGCCCUGUGGAAUGGGGGCGUUUGGAGAAUACCACCACGGUAAACCCCUGCCUGUCGUAAGAGGCGACUUAUAGGGGCCACGAAGGGGGUCGUCGGCGGGCAGCAGGGGGCUGUCCGCCCUAGUUCUUGCACAUUUUUAGCUUGACCCCCGGGAUGGACGGCAGUGUGGCGUUGACCUCAUGCUGCUUUAUCCGCGAAAAAAAAAAAAAAAGGUCGCGCCGUCUCAAAGUAUUAGUUUACGGCGUCGAUGUUGCUGUGCAGACUCCUGAUAUUGCAGAAGUCCACUUAUAAAAGAGAUUUAAAUGCAGGCUUACUAAACCCUGCUAUUAUUUUUUAAAUUUUAAUUAAGAAUGUUUGGGGUAAUAGACAUGAAGAUCAAAGUGCCAAAACGAUUCCCGAGAAAAAAUAGUGCCGAGCGUAGUGCCGAGCAAACACGCGGCCUAUAGC